CCUGACGCCGCUGGCCGCUGCGAGAGUCGCGGUCGUUGCGGCGGGUGCGACCGGCGGCCUCUGCAGUUGCGCUCCCGGCCUCGCCUCCUUGGUGGCUCCGGCCUCAGCCGCCCUUACAGCCCUCGGCGUCGCCGCUGGCGCCGCCACCCGACCCGCAGGCCGCCGCGGGCCACGGAGCCCAUGAGGGCGCGGGCCCCGCCGCCGCGUCCGCGGCGUCGUCGUCGUCCCGGAGCACCCCGAGCCGGCGCGGGCAUGGCCGCGGCAUGAGCGCGGAGCCGCCGCCGGAGCCGGAGGACGCGGCGGCGUCGGAGCCCGCGGCGGGAGCCAUGCCAGAGAAGCGCCCGGGCGCGCAGGCCGCCGGCGGCCUCUCGCUACAGGGCUUUGGCCGACCAAGUGUAUACCAUGCUGCUAUUGUCAUCUUCCUAGAAUUCUUUGCGUGGGGCUUGUUGACAACUCCAAUGUUAACUGUUCUACAUGAAACAUUUCCUCAACACACAUUCCUCAUGAAUGGUCUCAUUCAAGGUGUAAAGGGCCUGCUAUCUUUUCUGAGUGCCCCCCUCAUAGGCGCUCUGUCUGAUGUGUGGGGGAGGAAACCCUUUCUCCUGGGCACCGUCUUCUUCACCUGCUUCCCAAUUCCACUGAUGAGGAUCAGCCCGUGGUGGUAUUUUGCGAUGAUUUCUGUGUCUGGAGUCUUCUCGGUCACAUUCUCUGUGAUAUUUGCUUAUGUAGCUGAUGUCACUCAGGAACAUGAGCGAAGUACUGCUUAUGGAUGGGUGUCAGCCACCUUUGCAGCAAGUCUGGUGAGCAGCCCGGCCAUUGGAGCAUACCUUUCAGCCAGUUACGGAGACAGCCUUGUUGUGCUGGUGGCCACAGUGGUGGCUGUUCUGGACAUCUGCUUCAUCUUACUGGCUGUUCCAGAAUCUUUGCCAGAGAAAAUGAGGCCGCUUUCCUGGGGAGCUAAGAUUUCUUGGAAACAAGCAGACCCUUUUGCGUCACUGAAGAAAGUUGGAAAAGAUUCUACUGUCUUACUAAUUUGCAUCACCGUGUUUCUUUCAUACCUUCCUGAAGCUGGACAGUAUUCAAGUUUUUUUCUCUAUCUCAGACAGGUGGGUAAUGGGUGCCUAGUAGCUUUAGAACAUGAAGAAAUCAAAGAUUAGAAUUUGUCUAAAGGUAUUUUGAGGAAAACCGUAUAGCGGAAAAAAUGUGUGGACCUGCUUCUAGCUAUAGUUUAAGUGUAGGUGCUGACGUAUAAUUAGCAAUCAGGGGAACCUUUAAUACAAUGAUAUUUUCAAAUACUAUAAAAUGUUGACUGUGAGAAAAAUUUCCUUGAGAGUUAGCAUAAAUAGAAUGUAUCAUUUAAAUUUCACAGAGAGAGGUCAAGUUGAUUUGAUGUGAACUGACCUGGGACAUCUUCAGAAGGCCAUAGCUCAACACUGCUGUGGACUUCAAGGGGCUUGCAAACAGUCAUCUAAAUAAUCUCUCCCUUAACCUUUUUUCUCUUUAAAAAUGUAUACUUUACCUUGUUCCCCCCAAAAAGGCGGUUAGCUUAAGGCAAUUUAAAACCAAGUUCCCUUUCCAACUGUUGUUGUUUCUCUGGGAUUGCGGAGACGCAUGUUGCCUUCCAUUGCAAUCCUGCCCCAGUCUUUUACCGAUUUCACUGGAAGUCCUUCUAUGGCUUAUUCCAUAUGGCAGAGCCAGUCUCCUCCUAAGAUAAAUUCCUCUCUGUCGAGAGAUAUUUUUAAUUAGAACUUGUUAAACUUGCCAUUCUUUUAGUUUUCCUGAGAGUAUGAGACUAAUAUUUUAUAUGGUGGUAUAUAAGUAAAACUGUUUCUGUAAACAGUUCUAUUUCAGUUUUAUUCAUUUUUUGUGAGCAGAUGCUGGAGAUUUAGAGGGAAGACCAAUGAGGUAACAUAUUUAAUGUAGAAAAUCGUAUGUGCUUUUGUAAUUAAAUUAAAGGUACAUUCAGUGUAGGAAAAAUGGGAAAACUUAAGGAAGUGAAAAAUCAUCUUCCUUCAGAAUAAGGAACUGUGGAUAUUUUCUUUUCUACCCUUUUUUCCCACACAUAUGCUUAUGUCACUACCACCAACACUUAACGGUAAAUCAGAAUCAUUUUACGUUAUUUUGUAUUUGUGCUCACUUUUAAGAGCAGUUCACACACACACACACACACACACACACGUUCAAACUCCAUUUGGUGUUUGUACAUCUGAUAAGGAAUUUAUAUCCAGUAUAAGUUUUUAACUCAAAAAUGAAAAGACCACCCAACUGAAAAAAAUUCAAAAAAGACUGAAUUGAUACUUGCCCAAGGAAGAUACACAAAUGACCAAUAAGCGCACAUGAGAGGAUACUGAACAUUAGCCAUCAAGGAAAUGCAAAUCAAAAUGAGAUACCACUUCAUACCUGCUAAGAUGGCUGUAACCAAAAGACAAGGGUGUGAAGAAAUGGAAACUGACAUGACUGGUGGGAAUGUGAAAUGGGAUAGGCAGUUUCUCAAGGUGUUCAGCAUAGGGUUCCCAGCAAAUCUAUUCCUACAACACACAUCUACAUAGAAACUUUUACAGAAAUUUUUGAUAAUAGCCAAAAAGUAGAAACAACCCAGAUGUUCAUCAGCUCAUGAAAUGAAUCAACAAAUGUGGCAAAUCCGUACAACGGGGUGUUAACAUUUGGCAAGAAAAAGCAGUGAAGCGCUAAGUCUUCAGUGGGGAUGAACUGUGGAACAUCAUGCCAAGUGAAAGAAACUGCAACCAUAGAUUGAUUGCAUUUAUGUGAGAUGCUCAGAAUAAAUAGACCCGGAGACAGAAGUAUUAUCACUGGCUGGAUGGAGGGAUGGGCCAGGGCAGUGGGACUCCUAAUGUGGUACCAUGUUUCUUUGAGGAGUGAGGACAUCAUCUGCAGUUGUGUUGGUGGUUGCCCAACUCUGUGAAUGUGCUAAAGUCAUUACAUAUCUAAUGGGUGAAUUAUAGGAUAUUUCAACUUUAUCUCAAUAAAGCUGUUUUAAGUAUAGAUAUGUUUAUGUUUACAAAUAUAGGCUGAGAAAUUGUCCCUAAAUCUGUUUUCAGGUUCCAAUUUUUUUUAAUUGCAUUUGAUUGGCAAGUGAUAGGCUGUUGUUUGUCAGCAGCCCUGAUUUGGGAACCUGAGAUUCUAGCUCUUUUAUCAGCUAGUUGUGUGACUGGAAGCAAGACAAUCAUUUAUUAAAUGAAUGGAAUGUAUAAUAGUUUUUAAGUCCUUUUCCUGAUUUUUAUAGGGUUUCAAUAGAGGGCAAAAAUAUUUAACUUUUUAAAAACUUGAUAUUUAAAACUUAAAGUGGCCUUUCAGAGCUUCAGUUGAGGUUAAGAGGCUUAGAAAUCCUUGCCAGCUCACUUUGGCUGCUCCUGGAAUCACCAUGGAAGCUUUUUAAACAUGCCUGUGGCUGGGCCCAGAGAGUCUGAUUUAAUUGGUCUCCAGUGGGUUACAGCAUUUCAUUGCUCCCCCCUUCCCUGUUGCCCUGAUGAUUUCAGUGUACAGCCAAAGUCGAGAGCCGCCAACUUCGGUAAUGAGCAAAUUCUCUGCUGGCAGCACCAAAGUCAAACCAUUUUCCUCAUAUUCUCUCUAGUGUUUGGUGAUAUUAUGUUUGUCUCUUAGUGGGUUGGAGAUGGGGAUUAUUUUUAUAGUAUCUCUAUUACAAAAGUGUUUUCUUUCAUUU